AGGACCAGUCGAGUUGGGGCGCCGCAAGCACCGCGUGGUCGGUCGAUUAGUCAGACGGUCGAGUCGAGUCGGUCAGUUCGAGGGUACGGGACACCCGCGCAGGAUAUACAACCCACGCAGGAAAAAGGAUGGCGCUCUUCCGCUUCACCCCGAAACGCUGCCUCGACGUUCAGAAAAUAACGUCAGCGGUCUUCGUGCGGCAGCUCACCGAUGCGUCCACGGAUCUCAAAAAGGUUCUCGCUGACAGGAUCCCGAGGGAGCAGGAGCGGGUCAAAGCCUUCCGUAAGGACCAUGGGUCCACUAAAGUUGGAGAAGUCACGGUCGACAUGAUGUACGGCGGCAUGCGCGGUAUCAAAGGCCUCGUGUGGGAGCCGUCGGUGUUGGACCCGGAGGAGGGUAUCCGCUUCCGCGGUAAGUCGAUCCCCGAGUGCCAGAAACUCCUGCCGAAGGGGUCCGGCGGCGCGGAACCGCUCCCGGAGGGUCUCUUCUGGCUGCUGAUCACCGGCGACGUGCCUACGGACGGGCAGGCGAGGGCCCUCUCGCAAGAAUGGGCGUCCAGGAGCUCGUUACCCGAGCACGUGGUCAAGGCCCUCAACAACUUCCCCAAGACCCUGCACCCGAUGACGCAGUUCUCCGCGGCGAUCACGCUGCUGAACAGCGAGAGCGAGUUCGUCAAGGCGUACAACAAGGGCGUGCACAAGAGCAAGUUCUGGGAAAGCGUGUACGAGGACUCGAUGAAUCUGAUCGCCAAACUGCCGGUGGUGGCCGCCACCAUCUACCGCAACAUCUACAAGGGCGGCAAGGGCCUCGGCUCCGUCGACGCCGGCAGGGACUGGUCCUGGAACUUCGCCAACAUGCUCGGCUACGACAAGCCGCAGUUCAUCGAGCUGAUGCGCCUCUACCUGACGAUCCACUCGGAUCACGAGGGCGGCAACGUGUCCGCUCACACCACCCACUUAGUGGGAUCCGCCUUGUCGGACCCGUACUUAUCUUUCGCCGCCGGUAUGAACGGCCUGGCCGGGCCGCUGCACGGUUUGGCCAAUCAGGAGGUGCUGGUGUGGCUGGAGAAACUGCGCGGUCAAAUCGGCGACAAUCCCAGCGACGAGAAGCUCAAGGAAUUCAUCUGGAACACGUUGAAGAGCGGCCAGGUCGUACCCGGCUACGGACACGCUGUUCUCAGGAAGACCGAUCCGAGGUAUACCUGCCAGAGGGAGUUUGCGCUGAAGCAUUUGCCGGACGAUUCGUUGUUCAAGCUCGUUGCGCAAGUGUAUAAGGUGGUGCCUCCGGUCUUGCUGGAGACUGGCAAGGUGAAGAACCCGUGGCCGAAUGUGGACGCGCACUCGGGCGUGCUGCUGCAGUACUACGGCAUGAAGGAGAUGAACUACUACACGGUCCUGUUUGGCGUGUCGCGCGCGUUGGGCGUGCUCGCCUCCCUCGUCUGGGAUCGUGCCCUAGGACUGCCCAUCGAGAGGCCUAAGUCCCUCAGCACCGAACUCCUCAUGAAGGCCGUGAAAGCUUAAGAACCGUUUCUCCACUGGAUCGACGAUCGAUUAUCAACAGCGUCACCUCGGAGUCCCGUCGUCCCGACCUCGGCUUCGUUCGAGCGUUCGAGGCGCCGGGAACUUUGAUAGGAUACAUCAUUUUGAUAUCAACCUCGACGGAGACACCUCAACGAGCCCGCGCCUUAUCGAGUAAACGAGAGUGCGAAUGAGUGUGAGAGAGAAAGAGAGAGAGAGAGAGAACGAGAGUGAUAGAAAAUGUGCGUGAAACACAAGGCUAGGUAUUAAAUACGACAAAUAAUUACGUCUAAUAAUGUAUUAUGUAAAUGUAGAAAUAUUAAGAGCAGACACAUCAAUGUCCCGCGGCGGAGUUCACAUUAAUUCUCUUUCUGCAGGCGAUACUUUUGAACACGUACGACAAUAAACAGGCACAUUAAUCACACAUAAUUGUAUAAUUAAUAUGCGAUUAUUUAAUUAUAAAAUUGUAAUAUGUCGUGAUUUAUAAUGUGACUGUUUCGAGUGCAUGAUUCUUAUACGGUAUCAAUUGCGGGGGCAGGCUUAAACGGGGUGUUCUCGCAACCGUAGCUGCUUAUAUACAAGUGAAAACGUAGAUUGGUCCAAUAGUGAAAACUGCCAAAAUUGCGCGGAAACCCAAGACAGCGCAGAAAGUCCAGGGGAUGGCUCUUAGACGUUUAUAAAGUAUUGAGAUUUUUAGAUGACCCUUCUUAAUGUCUCUCAGAGGUCUAAAAGACGUCCUCUGGAAUUUUUUAUUUAUAGAAGUAACAUACACAAGAUAGAGAAACGCGUCAGAAAUAGGUAAGGUGAUUAUUGUAAAUAGAGUCAUCGCUCAAUACAAAGCAAAGCACGUUGGCUAUCGCUAGAAAUCCCGGAGAAACGGCGCAAAAUCUACGAUUCGGCGAUAAUCACCGUGUGUUAUAGUCUAGCGACGUGAAGGCAAUGAUAAAAAGGCAGGAAAAUAUAUAGUGACUCUUAUUCGUCGCGUGAAACUUUUAGAUUCAUUGUAUAAGGAAGGCAAGUUAAACGUUCAAGGAACAUCGAGGCAUCUAAAAAGAUAUAGUCUAAUUCAGAUCGGACGUCAUUCUGAUAAUUUUUUUUGUGUGUUUCUGACACCUUUUCAUUGUUCAGGAUAGUGCAUAUGUGAAUUAGGUAUUAAAAACCGUUUCGUCUUGCCUCGUUAUACGAGAGAUGACACUGCCCCCUCCCCCCGAGUGUGUAUCACACAUUUCUCUUUCGAUCGGGUUGGAUUUCUUUGGAAAUUGAUCGGAUUUUCGAGCGGCAGAAAGCGGGUAUUAUCGAAUUUUCGCGAUUUUAGAGGGAUAGAUCAGUUUCAAAGGCAAUAGAAAAAGGUAACGGUACGCCGAAAGGCGAAUCGUGCCAUUAGCUCAGACGUAAAUCUCCCGGCCGUUAGUUUACACUGUCCUCCCCACCUCCGCUCUCAGGAAGUUCAUUCUAACUACUAUAUUGUUUUUAGAAUGGUAGAGAAUAAUCUCGCGCUGUUGUGCGAGUUGCAGUAGCUGCGGAAUACUUAACAGCAAGCGAGCAAUGACGCAGAGAGUGAUCGAGCAUACUUAAAAAAAUAGCGUUUAUAGCGUUUCUCGUCGAAACGGAGACUUAAGCUUUAAACACAAUAAAAAAGGAAUAGGGAACAGGCAACAGAGAAUAUAAGAAUUUCAACCUAUCGGAAAGCGUAUACUACUGGAAUGCACGCGGUUUCCUGAUAGGUUGACAAUCUUAUUCCCUGUUAGCCAAGUUUCCCUCUAAUUCCUUUUCAUUGUGUUUUAAGGCUUUACUCGGUCGGCAUUACGACGAGAGAAACCGCCGCGAUUCAGUGUAAAAUUAAGGAGCAUGACCAGUGGUAGACCCACUGUUAUAAGAAUGAAUGAGUGUGUGUGUGAACAUACCUUAUUUAUAACGAAUGUGAAAAUAAAAAUGGAUCAAAAGGCAA